CCUGUUCCGACUGUCACUCUCCCUCUCUGUCUGACCGGCCUCUGCAAGUCUCUCUGGAUUACCCAGCGGCCCUCCCCUUGAGCCAAUUAAAGACUCUCUGCAGAGCUGUCCGUCAAUGCUGCAGUGGCCUGUGGUCACCUGCUGAGGGCCAACAGACAUCACACGCAUCUCUGUCACACAGAAAGGUGAGAGAGUGACCGGUCUGAACACAGGUGUGUAUGAGUGGAGAGGUGCCGAGUCCAGCAGAUCAAGAAAGCGUCGUCAUGACGUCGUUGGCUCACCAGCUGAAGAGGCUCGCGCUGCCUCAGAGUGACCCCGCCCUGCUGACUCGCAAAGAGGUCGCCUCGCUGCUCUUCGACCCCAAAGAUGCUGCGUCCAUGGACAGAAGCACCUUCUACGCCCUGGGCUGCACAGGACUGGAGGAGCUGCUGGGAAUCGAACCGGCGCUCCUGGAGUUCCAGGACACUCUGUUCAGCCAGGCCUCGCUGACUCUGGAGCGCAGCGUCCAGUCCAAAGAGGUCAACGAGAAGCUGGACGCCGGCAUCUCGCUCUUCCUCACCCGCCUCUCCCCGUACUUCCUCCUCAAACCGGCUCACAAGUGCAUCGAGUGGCUGGUUCACCGCUUCCACAUCCAGCUGUACAACGCCGACAGCCUGCUGGCCUGCGCUCUGCCGUACCACGACACCAACGUGUUCGUCAGAGUCCUGCAGCUCCUCAAGAUCAAAGAUGCCACCAGCCGCUGGAACUGGCUGCACAGCCUGCAGAAACCAGGCGUGCCGUUGUCCAGAGGAGCUCUGAUCAAUCACUGCUACACAGACCUGAGCUUCAUGGACUUCAUCUGCACCAUGGUGACCAAGUCCAUCCAGGCAUAUUCGGGACACUCUGGAAGUUGCUCCCAGCUCAGGGUGAUCUUCUCCUUCUACGCCUCCACCAUCGUCCCCGCUCUGGACGCUGUGGACAAAGUGUCCGACACCAUCAUUUCCAAACUGCUGCCGUACGUCCAGAGGGGUCUGAAGUCGCCGCUGACGGACUACAAAGCUGCCACCUACAUGAUCGUGUGCCAGCUGGCGGUGAAGGUGGUGAUGGAGGCGAGUCUGGUCGAUACCCUCGCCGUGCACAUCAGCAAGUCUCUGGUCAAAGAGCCCGUUCUGGCCAAAGAGGGUCUGGGCUGCCUCAUCGUGCUGCUGCAGAACCAGAAGGAGGGAGCCGCUGGACCCAGAGCUUUCAGCCGUCUGUGCUCGAUGCCGGCGCUGGUUUCCACGCUGCAGGUCAUGGCUGUGGUCCAUGAUGUCAGUCCUCUGCUGCGUUACCUGCUGCCUUACCUGAUCCACAACGUGUUCACCAGCAGCUCAGGUGAGGCGGAGACGGACGAGCCCGGCGUGCUGGAGUCCAUCCUCCAGUCUGUCCCUCUCACCAAUGGCCUGGACCAAACCGUGGCUCGUUUGCUGUUGGAGGAGUAUCUGGAUCAGACCGGCCUCUCUGCUGAAAACAUGUCUGGCCUCGACAGGCGUCUGUUGCCUCUGGUUCGACUGUUCGAGUCCAGAUACUGUGGCGCUCUGGACGGCGUCCUCGCAGGUCACGUGACCGACAUCAGCAGCCCCGAGCAGAAGCGUCUUUUCCACCAGUUUCUCUCUCUGUCCAUGAGCAGUGGAAAAUACCAGAUUUUGGGCGACUCGGACACGUCGCUGCUCCUCAGUCUGAAACACCCGCAGCCUUCGGUCAGAGUCUCGGCUGUGGAGCAUCUGAUGGGCAUCAUCGGCUCCGGACAGCAGCAGCAGAGUUUGGAUGAAGCCUUUCUGAGAGACGCCGUCAUGGAUCGUCUGAGGGACGACGUGCCGGAGGUCGUGGCUGCUGCUCUCAAAGUCCUGGAGGUGGUGUUUGACGUUUUGGACCCUGAGGACACCGUGUCAUGUUUACUGUCGCUGCUGCACAGAGUGGAUCUGUCGGUGGCUGAUCACUGGCUGACGGUGCUGACGGAGGCGGUGCGUUUACUGUCCGACCCGCGGCUGGGAAAGGGGGAUGGCGAGCGGGUGCAGAGAAUUGGCUGGAGGCUGCUGCUCUUCCUGGUGAUCACCGCCGCCCGGCCGGACUCAGCCCAGCUCAGCCUCGCCUCCUGCGUCGCCAGAUCCUCCGUCCUCACCCAACACCCUCUCACCUUCAACUGGGCUCGAGAGCUGGAUGAAGUGAUGAAGAGAAGCUCUGAGCCCGGCUUCGUGGGUCUGGCCAACCAGCGGCUCGUCUCCACGCUGACCAAGAACCUGGCAAACAUGGAGCACUUCUCCAAACGAGACGCUUUGGAGAAGCUGGCUCUGUUGGUGGAGCAGCAGCGGGGCGCCGGCCUCCGAGAGAGGGCGUCCUUCCUGGUGCUGACCCAGACUCUGCUGCUUGGCCUGGGAGAGCUGAGCGAGACCCAGCACCUGCUCACCGCUCAGAGGGUCUUCAUGGUGCUGGAGCCCCCCCUGCUGGAGGUCACCAGGGACGUGGACGCCCAGAAAGAUGAGCGACCUGUGUCUGCCCCCUCCUCCUUCGCUGAGGCUCUGACUCUGUACCUGAGCAGGUGUGGGCAGCAGCCGGGUGAACAGCUGGACCGAGAGUACAGCUUUGUCCUGAUCUCUCUGCUCAGAGACUUCAUCUCCUCUCUCAGGUGUCACGACGCCUCCUUCAAAGGUGAGGUGUGGUGGAACCCGGAGAAGCUGGACACAAACACCUGCUGUUACCUGGGAUUAAUCUGCCGCCUCUUCAGUCUCAUCAUCGGCGGCGCCGGAGACGGGCCGACGGCCGGCAGCUUCAGAGAGCUGAUGAAACUCCUGGUCCAGGUCCACCUGCGAGAGCCGCCGAUGCUCUUCAGGUUCCUGUGCGUGCUGUGGGGAUACGGCAGUAACCACGGUGACCAGCUGGACGUGAAGGUCUGCGCCGUCCUGCAGACUCAGGCCCUGUACAUGGGCCGAGCUCUGCUGAGCGUCCAGCCCGCCGCCACGCUGGAGGAGCUGGCAGCUGCCGACUCGCCCGUGGUCCCGUCCCUGCUCUGCUGUCUCAGCUCUCCGGUUCGUGAGGUCCGGAGGGCGGCCCUCGGCGCUCUGCAGAGCCUGUCAGGAGCCGAUGCCUCUCCCUUCCAGCCAAUCACAGAGAAGCUUCUGAAGACCUCAGAGGAGAUCAUCGCCGACCCCUCGUACCUGAGCUCGGCUCUGGGUGUGCUUCAUGAGGAGUGUCUGUCCAGUAAACUGAAGACGCAGCAGAAGAAGCUGCAGACGUCGUUGCAGCAGCUGCUGCGGAGCGUUCAGACUCCCUGCUGUCCGUCGUACAGCGCCGCCAGCCUGCUGAGAGCGCUGAGCCACGUCAACGGGAAGUCCGUCCUGUCUGCCCUGCUUCCUGUGUUCGAUCGGCUCCUGGAGCAGAGUGGCCCCGACACCCCCAGCCUGCUGCGGGCCGAGGCCCAGCUGAUGCAGCUCCUCCUGGGGAAGUACAACGAGGCGUCGGCCCCCAUGCUGGCCGAGGACCGGAACUGUCUGGAUCUGUUCAUCAGAGCUCUGAGGACCUCAACCCAGCCGCACCCUGACAUCCCCAGCUGCCAGGUCAUCGCUCUGGAACAGAUCACCAAGCCGUUCUUCUCGGCCCUCGGAGACGAGAAGGUGCAGCAGAAGCUGCUGUCGGUGAUGUUCGACCUGCUGGUGGAGAGCAGGAGUCCGCUGGUGGCCACCACCAUCAGCAGCGUCUUCAAAGGGGUGGCAGUGGACGGUCAGCUGGUGGCCAAUGAGCUGGCUCCGCCGGAAAAACCCAAAGUCAGCGUGACGGUGCAACAGACCCGCAGGAGCAAAAUGACACAGAGGAAACCUCAGGAGAGCGGUGAGGUCGGUCCAGAGGGGGGCGCUGUGCCGUGGCAGAGAGUCACUCUGAUCCUGGAGCUGUUGCAGCACAAGAAGAAGCUGAAGAGAGCCCAGAUGUUGGUGCCGGUUCUGUUCGCUCUGCUCUCCAGGAGUCUGGAGCCGUGUUCAGCUGAUCAGACCAACAUGGAGUACACCAAGCAGCUGCUGCUCAGCUGUCUGCUCAACGUCUGCCAGAAGCUGUCUCCUGACGGGGGACCCGUCGCGGCGGACGUCCUGGACGAAGACAAGUUCAGCGUGGAGCUGGUGGUCCAGUGCAUCAGGGCGUCCGACAUGCCGCAGACUCACCACCACGCUCUGCUGCUGCUGGGCACCGUCGCCGCCAUCUUCCCCGAAAAAGUCCUGCACAACAUCAUGCCCAUCUUCACCUUCAUGGGAGCCAACAUCAUGCGCCUGGACGACGCCUACAGCUUCAGAGUCAUCGACAAGACGGUUCAGAUGGUCAUUCCCGCGCUGGUCAAGGCCCACCAGCUCGCCGACGGUCAGUCUUCAGCUCACGUGCACACCGUGGUGACGCGGAUCGUGCACGUGUUCGCCGACGCUCUGCCUCACGUGCCCGACCACCGGCGGCUGCCCGUCCUCACCCAGCUGGUGACCACGCUGGGACCCACCGACUUCCUCUGGGUCCUAAUGCUCCUCCUGUUCAAGCUGCACGCUGUGCAGACCGGCAGCUCUGUGAGCGAGAAGGAUGCGGCUCUGGAGAGAGACGUGGACUUCUGGAUUUCUCUGUGCUGUCAGUUCGAGGUGACCGACCAGCUCACCUCCCUCAUCAGCAUCCUGAACUUCCUCCAUCAGCUGCCGGACAACAAAGACGACGCUCCGCCGAAGCGCUCCGUCGGCCGACGAGCAGCCAAGAAGAAGGAGGACGAGGAGGAGAAGGUGGAGGAGCUGAUCUUCAGCGUGGAAACUCACAGCAGCAAAGAGCUGAGACACUUCAAGUUCCUCUCCGUCUCCUUCAUGGCUCAGCUGCUCGGCUCGGCCAGCUUCAUCGAAAAGGUUGCAGACCGCGGCGACGGCGUGGAUGAGUCUCUUCAGCAGCUGCAGCAGAGGCUGUUGGAGGAGAUCCUGCGCUACAUCCACAGCGUGGCCCGCUGCGUGGAGGAGAACGCUGACCAACCCACCGCCAAGUUCUGGAGAGUUCUGCUCAACAAAGCCUACGACGUUCUGGAUAAGGUGAACGCCUUGUUGCCCACGGAUACCUUCAUCACGGUGAUGAGGGGGCUGAUGGGAAAUCAGCUGGCGUCAGUCAGGAGAAAAGCCAUGGAGCUGCUGAACAACAAACUGCAGCACAGGACGCCGUGGGACGAGCAACAGGUCACCUUGCUCCUACAGAUGACCGGAGACCUGCUGAGCAUCGUGGGUAACGGUCACGGUAAGGUGACGGAGAAGGAGGAGGCGGCGGAGCAGGCCAUCAACCGGCAGACGGCGCUCUACAGCCUCAAACUGCUCUGUCGCAGCUUUGGCUCCGACCACCAGGAGGCGUUCCUCCCCGUCCUGCUGCGGGCGGUGGAGAUCGUGGCGUCGGCGGAGGAGGAGAAGAACGUGACGGGCAGCGCUCUGCUCUGCGUCGCCGAGGUGGUCGGCACGGUCAAGGCCCUCGCCAUCCCACAGUUACCCAGGUUGAUGCCGGCGGUGCUGCACACACUGACGGACAGGAAGGAGCUGCUGAGCAGUGAGAUUUACCUGCUGAGCGCCGUCACCGCCCUCCAGAGAGUCACGGAGACGCUGCCUCACUUCAUCAGCCCCUACCUGCAGGACACCACCUUACAGGUGUGUCGGCUGACUCGGCUGGCAGAGACCUCUUCAUCCUCCUCCUCCUCCACCUCCGCCCAGCUGUCUGCACGUCUCGCCUCCCUCAGGAGCACGCUGGCCACCCAGCUGCCCCCCAGGGUCCUACUGCCCAACCUCGGCAGGUGCUACAGCAGCAUGGUGGUCGAUAAGAAGGGCCAGCUGGGGGCGCUGAUGAGCAUCCUGAAGGAACACAUCGGUCACAUGGAGAAAGAUCAGCUCAGCUUCCACCAAUCGGAGCUCACCUCCUUCUUCCUCACCGCCCUUGACUUCCGCGCCCAGCACUGCCGGGGCGACCUGGAGAAGACGUCGGAGAUCGAGGGCCGCGUGAUCGACUGUCUGAUCGCCAUGGUGAUGAAACUGUCCGAGGUCACGUUCAGGCCGCUCUUCUUCAAGCUGUUUGACUGGAGUAAGUCCGACAGCAAAGAGCGUCUGUUGACUUUCUACCGAGUGUCCGACUGCAUCGCCGAGCGGCUCAAAGGACUGUUCGUCCUGUUCGCCGGAAACCUGGUGAAACCGUUCUCGGACCUGCUGCGACAGACCAACAGAUCCAGGACAGUGCAGGUGGAGAACACCGUGGGUGGAGAGCAGGCGUACCAGCAGAGGGUGACCCAACACCUGGUUCCCUGUGUGGGUCAGUUCUCUGUGGCUCUGGCCGACGACUCCCAGUGGAAAACUCUCAACUACCAGAUCCUCCUCAAGACCCGACACACCGACGCCAAGGUGCGUUUCUCCUCUCUGUUGAUGCUGAUGGAGUUGGCGUCGAAGAUGAAGGAAAACUACAUGGUGCUGCUGCCGGAGACCAUCCCCUUCCUGGCUGAACUGAUGGAGGACGAGUGUGAGGAGGUGGAGCAUCAGGUCCACAGGGUCGUUCAGGAGAUGGAGAACAUCCUGGGAGAGCCGCUGCAGAGCUACUUCUAACGCACGUGUACAUCAACAAACACACGACGUGAAGUGUUUUAAACAUCAUGGACUCGUCUAUCAGCCUGAGCUGAUGUCACAUUUGUACUUUUUACUCUGAUAUGUACCAGAAAUAAAUACUAGACUCUUGUCUCCACCGCCAUCUUUUUGUUUAGCUUGGUGUCUUUUGGCUUUUAUUUUGUAAAGAAAAUAGAGAAGUUGUGAUCGGCUGAAAUAAAUCUGAUCAAAAUCUGAUCCUUUCUUUA